AUGCUCGAAUAUGCUAAAUUUAUGAAAGACCUUGUGAUGAAGAAGAGAACAGUGAGAUAUGAACCGGUGGAUAAUAUUCACCAUUCCAGUGCCAUUUUGACCAGAUCUUUAGUACAAAAGAAAGCAGACCUAGGAGAAUUCACCAUCCCUUGUACUAUCGGGUCACUUGAUUUUGAUAAAGCUUUAUGUGAUCUCAGAGAAAGUAUUAACUUAAUGCCUCUUAUUUCUUAUAAGAGGUUGGGUUUAGGCGGUCUUACACCCAUAACUAUGCAAUUGGUGAUAGCGGACAGGUCAGUGAAGCGGCUAGUGUGGAUAUUGUAUGAUAUGCUUGUAAAGGUGGCCAACUUUAUAUUUUCUAUAGAUUUUGUUAUUCUGGACAAUAAGGUGGAUUUUGAGGUACCCAUAAUCUUGGGUAGACCUUUUCUCGCAACUGGAAGUGUGCUUAUUGAUUUACGGGCUAACAAGCUACUAUUUAGGCUUAACAAUGAGGUAGUUCUCUUUUAUGUGUGCCAAUCUAUGAAGCAACCUAAGGAGAUGGGUAUAUUCUCUAUCAUUUAUGUUUAUUAUGUAGAUGAGCAUGAGGAUCCAAUUGAGGAAAAAAUUAUUUUGGAAACUCUGGUUGCAGUCUUGAUGAACUUUGAUUGUGAAGGUAUUGAGGAGUAUGAAGAGACAGUGUGUGCUUUGACGGGAAUGGAAUCAUAUUCAUAUGCUCCCAAGAAGCUAGAUUUAGACCUAAAAAAUUGGCCAACACCACUGGCUAAGCCAUCUAUCAAAGAGCCACCGGUGUUAGCAUUGAAGGAGUUUCCAAGACAUUUACGGUAUGUGUUUUUAGGAAGUGAAAACACUUUACCUAUGAUUAUUGCUGCAGAUUUGGUUGAGCACCAGGUUGAGGCACUUAUCUUUGUGAUUAGAAGAUAUAAAAGGGCUAUUUGUUGGACUAUUAUCGAUAUCAUUGGUAUUCCUCCCAGUAUUUGCACUUACAAGAUUUAG